UAUUCCUAUUUGGGAGAGAAUAACAAUCGAAUGGAAUGAAAAUGAAAAUAAAUGGAAUUUGACAACAUUAAUUUUAAUGACAAAAGUUUGUGUAUCCACUAAGAGGAUAUAAUUGCUAUUUUUCUUCUAUUCCAUCCAUUUCUACUGUUAUCUAAGUGAGGAGUAUUUCUUAUUCCAGUCCACACGUUUCCGUUCCACUACUUUCUCAAUAACGUUGCCUUAGAUAAGAAGAAAUAUUUGAGUUAUCUGGCACAGUAGGUGAGACCAUGUUCUUGAACUUCAGAGUUGUUCUCAGAUUUGUGACCUCAAAUGGUAGGUGCAAAGCUUACAAUGACCAGACCUUUUCCUUGCUAGCAUAUAUUUUACACUUGAGUGGACAUAGACUGCUAGAAUUGAAUAUUUAUUUGGGGAAAACUAUAACAACGGUAUUCUGUUGUCUUUUUUAAAUAACAAUAAUAAAUAUUUUGCAGCAGAGGUUGAAUCUGAAACACCAAAAGAAUGAACAGAUGCAUCUUGUCCUUAAUUCUUCCGAUUAGUUUGGGGGUUACCAUAAAAAUUAAGGAUCUAAGACCUUUUUUCUUAAAACAUGGCCAAGCAUCAUCCCGAUUUGAUUAUGUGCAGGAAGCAGCCGGGUAUUGCCAUUGGACGGCUAUGUGAGAAAUGCGAUGGGAAAUGUGUAAUUUGUGAUUCCUAUGUGCGGCCGUGCACGCUGGUGCGCGUUUGCGAUGAAUGCAACUAUGGAUCCUUUCAGGGACGCUGUGUUAUCUGCGGGGGAGUGGGGAUUUCUGAUGCAUAUUAUUGCAAAGAGUGCACGCAGCAGGAGAAAGACAGGGAUGGGUGUCCAAAAAUCGUCAAUCUAGGGAGUGCCAAAACUGAUUUGUUCUACGAACGUAAAAAAUAUGGAUUCAAGAAAAGAUGAUGAUGAUGCUGAACUAUUCUGUUGUUAACUUGUGCUGGUUAUCAUUAAAAAAAUUAACAUACAUACUUCUAGGGGAUGGGCAUAAUUAGAAAAUGCUGGAUCAAUGUGACUAGUUAGUUAUUAUGAUCACUGGUCUCUGAUCUUGGACCGGUAUGUUGGACGGCAUUUGAAUUCUUCAUGAUAGUAAAGGCUAUUAAAUUUAGAGUUGGGACUUAAAUAUAAAAGCUUUCAAGUUU